AAAAUAAUAAAUAAAACCUAGUACCUAAAUAUGGAAUUGAUAUUUCUGGAAACUAUUGUUUAUGCCGUUUUGGACAACUCUGGAAACUACUGGGUACUUCACAAGACUACAAGAGCUCUCUUGAUUUCUCUCUAUUUCUUUCCUUCUCAACAUCAUCUCUUAGUCCUUCUCUCUGUCUCUCUUAACUUUGUUCAACUUCUCCAUCGAUUUUCAAACAUCAUCUGCGAUUAUCAUUGCGUUCUUCUGCAAUUUUCUUCUUAAGGAUGUCGGAAUAUGAAAAUGUUAUUGCUGGAAAGUUGAGGUUGAAGGGAAAAGCACUUGACGUGAAAGCAGGUGGAAUUACGAAGAAAAAGAAACAGAGAAAGAACAUUGAACGGUUUAUAACUGAAAAAACUGCCACUGAUCUUGUGGAGAUAAAUACUGAGAAAAAUGUGGACGGUGGGAACGAAGUGUCUGCUAACUAUGGUGAACGGCUCACACCAGCUGAGAGACGAUACCUUGAGCAGUGGAAGCAACUUGAAGUAAGACGACUACUCAAGAGUGCUAACGAAUCACACCGCGAUCGGGUUCAAAGAUUUAACCAGUACCUGGCAAAUCUGAGUGACCACUAUGACAUUCCAAAAGUGGGACCUGGUUAAUUUUUGUAUCAAUUAACAUUGUUUGACUUCUAUUAGGUGAUAGUUGGAUUUAGGAUUCUGAUUGAUGAUUGAGAUUGUAUGACAGACCUGAAAAUUCUGCCACAUUAUGCAGCUGGGGUUGUGUUAUUAUGCCUAGAAUCAAAUCCAGAUUGUAUGAAUCAGCAGACAUGUUUGAGAAUUGUAGCCAUUUGUUGCUGGAUUUAUGAUAAUUGUUAAUAUCUUUGUUAAUUUA